AUGGGAGCUACACCCUUCACAGAAAGAAUCUUAAGAGCGAAACUCCCCAAAGGCUUCGACAAACCCACCGACAUGAAGUACGAUGGAACCAAGGACCCUCAGGAACAUCUAACGGCCUUCGAGGCCAGAAUGAACCUGGAAGGAGUAGCCGACGCAGUCCGAUGCAGAGCCUUCCCAGUAACCCUUGCCGGACCGGCGAUCAAAUGGUUUAACGCCCUCCCGAACGGAUCCAUAGCCAGCUUCCACGACAUAGCACGAAAAUUCAUGGCCCAGUUCAUGACCAGAAUCACCAAAGCCAAACACCCCAUCAGCUUGUUAGGGGUCACACAAAAGCAAGAAGAAUCCAUAAGAAAAUAUCUCGACCGCUUCAACGAUGAAUGCCUAACGGUCGACGGACUCACGGAUUCCGUUGCAAGCCUUUGCUUGACUAACGGGCUCAUGAACGAGGACUUUCGCAAGCACCUCACUACUAAACCAGUAUGGACCAUGCACGAAAUCCAGAACGUCGCCAAAGACUACAUCAACGACGAAGAGGUCAGCCAGGUCGUCGCUGCCAACAAGCGGCAGCACGCCAACACCCAACACGGCAAUUCGGCUCCCCGUCAUAACCCAACACCCAAAGAGAAUCAAAGGGACCACCCCAGGCCGACCAACCGGCCACCAAGAAUUGGCAAAUUCUCUAAUUACACGCCCCUAACAGCACCAAUUACGGAGAUAUACCAUCAAAUAGCAGAUCGAGGCAUCAUCCCAAGAGCCCGACAACUCAAAGAAAGGACGGGAGGCAACAAAACCCUCUACUGUGACUACCACCGAGGUUACGGCCACAAAACACAAGAUUGCUUCGACCUUAAAGACGCUCUUGAACAGGCCAUACGAGACGGCAAACUCCCAGAAUUUGCCAAAAUCAUCAGAGAACCGAGACGCGCGGAGAAAGACAAGUCGCCGGAAAGAGAAGGGCGUAACCCGAGAACCAAAGGCAACCCCCCAGGGAGAGCCCGGAGGAAGACCCGACCAUCAUAG